AUGGGAGGCACGUCAUCAAAGUCUCGAAAGAACAAAGCAAACGAACCAUUAAGUUACGAACCGGAUGUUAAAAAUGAAAAUCCAUUUGCAAGAUACUAUUUACCAUUAAAAACAGGCGAUAUUGACAUCAUGCAUUUAGUUCAUUUUUAUUAUAGAUAUAUAUGGGAGGGUUGUUUUUCUGUUCCAUUAGAAGCAAAAUUGAUGGAAGGAGGAGUCAAAGUAUUAGAUGUUGGCUGCGGUGCGGGAACAUGGCUGUUGGAUUUAUCAACUCAAUACAACUAUAGUAAAUUUGUUGGUAUUGAUAUAAUGCCAGUAUUUCCAGUCGAGAUAAAACCCGAGAAUCUUGAAUUUGUCGAAGGUGACGUGUUAAAAGGUUUACCUUUUGAUGACAACACAUUCGAUUUUGUUCAUCAAGAAACGAUGGGAUUGUCAUGGACAUUAGACAAUUGGCCAUUUGUCAUAUCUGAAAUUAUAAGGGUAACAAAACCAGGCGGUUAUAUGCAAUUUAGUGAUCCUGACGUAGUUUCUUACGGUCCUAUACUAGGUAGAUUCUUUGAAUCAAUGAGAGACGUUUGUGAACUAAGAAACGUUGACGGAUAUUAUAUAAACACGUUAGAUAAGGUAUUAGAAAAUUAUGGUGAAGUAACGAAUAUAUGUAAAGAUUCAAGAGAUGCGAUUAUGUAUGAGAUUGCCGAAGGAUUAUCAGCUUUUAUGAAUAUUACUAAAGAGGAAUAUUUUAAAUUAUGGAACAAAGUUGAACAAGAAGCAAAAGAAUAUAAGUCUGUUACUCUAUUACACAGAAUUUGGUGUCAAAAGAAAUAA